AUGAUGGCCGAUGUGACGAAUGGAAGUAGCGCCAUUCUGGACGAGAAGCUGUCGCGCCUGUCUAAGAAACCCGGCGUCAAGGCUAGCAUCGCCAUUGACCGAGCGAGCGGAUCGAUCCUCAAGACGAGCGGCGAUGUCUCGGUGCUAGGCACGACGCAAUCGCGGACGGCGUCGACAGCGGCGUCGUUUUCCAACGAGCCGGCCGCGGCCGAGGAGAGCACCUCCAAGGGCGUCGACGACUUUGCGGCCAUGAUUUGGAAGUUUGUCAACAACUCGGGUGACAUGGUGGAGGAAAUGGACAAGGAUGACGAGCUGCGGCUGUUACGACUACGAACCAAGAAGCACGAGAUUCUCAUUGUGCUGGACACGAAAUAUCUAUUGACAGUCAUUCACGAUGUCCCUACUGCGUGA